AUGGGUCCUCAUCUUCUCAGCAAUGCCAAUAAAGCUACUCGUGUCACUAUGGCGGGUAUUCUUCUUCGUUUGGCAAAAAAUACUGGGUUUUACGAUGAAAUCCUUACUUGCGAUGAAAAAUGGAUUCAAUAUGAUAAUUCUACACGAAAACGGCAAAGGCUAGAACCUGGUGUGGAGCCAAUACCAACACCAAAACCCGACUUCCUUGACAAGAAAGUAAUGCCUACUGUCUGGUGGAAUUCCCAAGGCAUUGGGUAUUUUGAGCUGCUUAAACCUGGGCAAACAAUCACGGGUGAAACGUAUGCACAACAAUUGGAACGAGUGAACAAUGUAUUGCUACAAAAAGGCCUUGAUCCUUCAAACAUAAAGUUCAUUCAAGAUAACGCCCGUCCACACGUUGCAAAGAUUGUUCAGGAAAAACUCGAAGAGUUGGGCUGGGAAACUCUCCCGCAUCCGCCAUAUUCUCCGGAUAUUUCUCCUUCGGAUUACCAUUUAUUUCGCUCAAUGCGAAGCCACUUGGCCGGAAACAAGUUCAAAGAAGUUCAAGAGGUCGAAAAAUGGAUAGCCGACUUCUUUGCCUCAAAACAAGCCAAUUUUUACGCGGAGGGAAUUCAUUCUUUGCAUGGAAGAUGGAAACAAAUAAUGUUAACAAAUGGUGAAUAUAUUGUUGAU